AUGUCGUCUCAUAAAGCCUCGUAUGAAAAGUGGCAUGAUGGUAUAUCAAAGUUGGAUUUGAAACAACGUCGCACUUGUAUCCUAUAUAGUAAACAACAACAAUUACAACAAGCGCUACUGCAACAACAACAAAACGACACAUGUGGUUGUGGUCGUUUGAGAAGAUCACACAGCUACGAAAAUCUAUCUGAAUCACCACCUAUAUCACCAAGUAAUGAUAGGUGGAAUUAUUUAAGUUGUUCAAAACCAAUAGAAGAUACAAAAAAUUUUGGUAUUUUGUGCAAUCCAUAUGAAUCCCGCUUAACUAAGGUAUGUAUUCGUUGUGAUUUCAAAGCAUCGGCUGAAAAACUUUACAAUUUGAUAUGUACGGAUUGCAACCGAAAACCAGGCCUAAUAAUAAGUAUUUAUGGUGGUGCAAAAAAUUUUAAAAUGAACGAACGUUUGGAGAAGGAAUUCAUGCGUGGUAUUAUUGAAGCAACUACAGUUGCUGGUAAUGUUUAA